CAUAGGAAAGGGACAACUAGGUGCCAACCACACCUGCUGUAAGAAAACAGUGGCUAUUGUGACGGCCAGUGGCAUGGCUUUGGUUUCCAUAGGACUCCUCUUUCUGGCUUUCCUUUCUUCCCAGGACCUCAAUUUUGAACAUAUGGCCGAACUGAGAGGGAUUCAGUAUGAGAGCAGUUUACAGAAGGAGACCUCCGACUAUUUCAGAGCAUUGACACCUGCUCUGGAGUUGCUGUUCGUGAGCAGUUUCCAGAGGACCAAGUUGGAAGCAAGUUGUGUGGGCUGCACCGUGCUGAGUUACAGGGAUGGGAACUCGAGCGUCCUUGUCCAUUUCCGCCUGCGUUUCCUGUCCCAGACCCCGUGGUCCCUGAACUCAAGACUAGAGGAGGAGAUUCUUCAGCAAGGUUUGGCCUUGAGGUUCCAGGAGCAGAGCAUCCCCGUAGCCACCUAUGGUUCCAUCUCCUCGGCUGCACUGAUGGGGUCCAAGGAGGUGUCUUUUGCUGAAAUCGCUUUUAAGUCAGGAGCCUGCCCGGGGAGCGUGUUUACCUGCAAGAGCAGCCAGUGUGUGAUCAAAGUGAACCCUGAGUGUGAUGGCCACGCCGACUGCUCCGAUGGCUCUGAUGAGGAUCUCUGUGACUGUGGAGUCCGACCCGCCGUGCAGAUAUCCAACAGGAUCGUGGGGGGUGUUGACGCCUCUAAGGGUGAGUUUCCUUGGCAGGUCAGCCUCCGGGAAAACAAUGAGCACUUCUGUGGAGCUGCGAUCCUCAAUGAAAAAUGGCUGGUGUCUGCAGCUCACUGUUUCAACGAGUUCCAGGACCCGACCGCCUGGAUGGCUUUUGCUGGGACAACAUCCCUCAGUGGCUCCGAUGGGGGCACUGUGAAGGUGGGCAUAUCUCAGAUCGUCAAGCACCCCUUCUACAACAUGGACACAGCCGACUUUGACGUGGCCGUGCUGGAACUGCGUCACCCCCUGCCCUUCAACAAACGCAUCCAGCCAGUGUGCCUUCCUGCAGCCACCCACAUCUUCCCCGCGAGCAAGAGGUGCCUCAUCUCGGGCUGGGGCUACCUCAAGGAGGAUUUCUUGGUGAAACCAGAGAUCCUGCAGAAGGCAACAGUUGAAUUGCUGGAUCAGGCAUUGUGCUCCAGUCUCUAUAGCAACACAGUCACCGACAGAAUGAUGUGCGCUGGCUACCUGGAUGGGAAAAUUGACUCUUGUCAGGGUGAUUCGGGAGGGCCCCUGGUGUGUGAGGAGUCUCUGGGCAAGUUCUUCCUCGCCGGCAUCGUGAGCUGGGGGGUUGGCUGUGCGGAGGCUCAGCGGCCCGGGGUCUACGCCCGAGUGACCGAGCUCCGGAACUGGAUCUCGGAGGCCAUCUCGAGUCCCUCUACCACCAGGGCAGCCUCUGCUACUCGUGCCCUCUCCACCCCCAGUGGGGCCCGGGCCAGCACCCCAGAGAGCCCCACCGUCACCGGGACCACACUGCUUCCCGGCACGGGGCUGGGCGCCACCAUCCUGCCUCGAGGCACCACAUCCAGGCCACAAGAAUGUGGGGGGAGACCCGGGAUGCUGAAACCCAGCAAGAUCGUGGGCGGAUUCGAUGCGGCCAAGGGGGAGGUCCCGUGGCAGGUCAGCCUGAAGGAGGGAUCGCGCCACUUCUGCGGAGCCACCGUGGUGGGGGAGCGAUGGCUGGUUUCGGCCGCGCACUGCUUCAAUCACACAAAGGUGGAAUAUGUUCAAGCCUACGUGGGAACCACAACUCUCUCGGGGACGGAUGGCAGUGCCGUGACGAUCAACAUCAAGAGACUAGUGCUCCACCCCUCCUACAAUCCCAUGAUCCUGGACUUUGAUGUGGCCGUGCUAGAAUUAGCCAGACCUCUCCUCUUCAACAAGUAUGUCCAGCCCGUCUGUCUCCCGCUGGCCAUCCAGAAGUUCCCCGUAGGCCGGAAGUGUGUGAUUUCUGGCUGGGGGAAUGUCCACGAAGGCAACGCCACCAAACCUGAGGUCCUGCAGAAAGCAUCUGUGGGCAUCAUUGACCAGAAGACUUGCAGCGUCCUCUAUAACUUCUCCCUCACAGACCGCAUGAUCUGUGCCGGUUUCCUGGAGGGGAAGGUCGAUUCGUGUCAGGGUGACUCCGGAGGGCCCCUGGCAUGUGAGGAAGCUCCUGGAGUGUUCUAUCUGGCAGGGAUUGUGAGCUGGGGGAUUGGAUGUGCUCAAGCUAAGAAGCCCGGGGUCUACUCCCGAAUGACCAAGCUCAAAGACUGGAUCGUGGACACCAUGUCCCUUUCCCUCCAUACCACCUCCGUCCCGUCCACUGAGAAAACACCCAGCGUGCCCGGUACCACUCCAGGAACGACUCCGGGCAGGACAGCCACGAGUCUCACGUCUAGAACGACCACGCCCAAGCCGGCCAGCAAGCCCACCUCCAAGCCGACUGGCAAACCCGCCCUGAAACCGACCGGCCCACCCACCACCGCGAGUACCAAGAGUAAAACACCACUUCCGCUCCUUAAAACUACCGAAACCGUUAAACCCACCCAGCUUCCAGACUGUGGUGCCACCCCGGCGGCGACUUUCACUAAGAUCGUGGGCGGCAGCAGCGCGGUCCGGGGUGAGUGGCCCUGGCAGGUCAGCCUAUGGCUGCGCCGCAAGGAACACAAGUGCGGGGCCGUCCUCAUCGCUGACAAGUGGCUGCUCUCGGCAGCUCACUGUUUUGACAUUUACAGUGACCCCAAGAUGUGGGUUGCCUUCCUGGGGACCCCUUUUCUGAGUGGAAUUGAUGGGAGGAUUGAGAAAGUCUUCCGCAUCCACAAACACCCAUUUUACAACGUCUAUACCCUGGACUAUGACGUGGCCCUUUUGGAACUGUCCACGCCCGUGAGAUUCACCAGUGUAAUGAAGCCAAUCUGUCUCCCAGAUCACUCCCACCUCUUCAGCGAAGGAACAAACUGUUACAUCACGGGCUGGGGCUCCACCAGGGAAGGAGGUGUGAUGUCAAAGCACCUGCAGAAAGCAAUGGUGAACAUCAUCAGUGAACAGACGUGCAAGAAGUUUUACCCCAUCCAGAUCAGCAGCAGGAUGCUGUGUGCCGGCUUCCCGCAGGGAGGUGUGGACAGCUGCUCGGGUGAUGCCGGAGGCCCCUUGGCCUGCAGGGAGCCCUCGGGGAAGUGGUUCCUCGCCGGAGUCACGAGCUGGGGCUACGGCUGCGCCAGACCCUAUUUCCCCGGGGUCUAUUCCAAAGUGACUGCUGUGAGAGGCUGGAUUGGGCAGAACAUCAAGUUGUGAGAGCUCCCGCUUCCCCGUGGAAGCAAGGAAGCGUGGGGCUUGAGCGAGGCCCCCCCACACCGGGGGUCCCCUGGGGAACACAUCGGCUGCCACUUAAGAAAAAGAAAAAAAGUAAUUCGUCUAAGUCCGGGUGCCGGGCGCCAGCCCAGAUUCAGAGCAGCAGCGACCCUGAAUCUGGGACUGGCUUGGGUUAACUGUGGAGGUGGCCUUCCCGGCAAAUGGGGUUUUCCCCUGAGUUUGAAACACAACGGAGUUUAGGCGUAAUUUUAUACAAAUAAAGCACCGUCUGUGUCAGA